AUGAUAGAGAAACGUCAACGUGCAAAACCCAAGAGUCAGUACGGUGUUUUAAUAACGAUUUAUAUGAAUGACAUCUAAAUGUAAAAAAAAAACAGAGGCCAUGGAGUUAAAAUGGGAUGUAGAAGAAGCUGCAGCCGCUCCUCCUUAUGUUUUUUCCAGAGAUUUGUUUGAAAAGUUCACUCUGGCGCCUAACGUCAAAGAACUGUUCGCUCUUUUACACAGCUCUGGUGUAAAACCGGAGGACGCCGGUCAGAAAGAGGCCGAUGCAGAAUCACUGACAGCGAAGUGUGAUGAGGAUUCAGUUCGUAACGUCUUGGCUGCAGAUGAGGCCACGGCUGAAUGCAAACCAACUCAAAAAAAAUCUAAAGCCAAACCCGAGAAGAACUCUGAUGUUUCAACUUUUCCUGAACCUUUAGUCCCGUACCCCUGCUUCACCAAGAUCAACGCAAAAGAGCGCAGAUCAUACCUCAGCAUGCUCAAAACCAGGAAUUAUAAGAAAGCUUCAAAGCGUUUAAUGGAGCUGGUGAGAAAUGAAGCGACAGAGUUCAUGAAAUACCUGCAAGAGGUUUCCAGAUUGCAGGCUGAUGGGUACAACUACAUGCCAGCAGAUGCCACCCGCUACACUGAGGAAUAUUUUACCGCCUGCUUGGAUCAUGUGAAGAGUUACCCACAGGUUUACGGUAUUCAGGAGAUUACAAGUCUGACCAGUCUAAAAAUUGUGUGUACAAUAUCGCUCAACUUUGAGAAACAGAUUCUGGCGAUGGGUAAAACAGAUAUGGUAAAAGAAAACGCGAUACCAGCAAACACUCAGCUUGCUGUAGAUUAUGAGACUGUGGCGAAAGUGGUUCCUCCAGCGAAAAAAGCGCAUGCUGUACACAAUGCCAUCAGCAGUGACGGUAAUGCAGAAAAGCUGAGCGCUAGAUACGAGCCACACGUGUGUUUAGCCAAAGAGGCCUUCGUUCAGCUGCUGAACAACAGCUCUGAGCUCACUGAAUCAUGGGAGCUGCCAGUGUGGGUCAGAAUGAAUCCUGGGAAAGGCAGCUGUCAGAGUAAGACGACGUUCAUCGAUGCUCCGCUGCUGAAGACGGAGAUGAGCUGCAGAGAGAGGAGUUUGCUGUUCCACGAGGAGAGCCUGAAGCUGCUCUUUUCCAAGACUUCAACACGACCGGUGUUUUUCGUCACUGGAGAAGAGCUGAGCUUCGAAAGCACUCCUCCUGCUGCGGAUAAAACCUCCAGAAGUGUGGUGACGUUUGAUGACACUAGUAUGGAUUUUGAGACCGACCUCACAGAUCUGGAGUCCUUCGGCGAGUCCUACAAGCCCACUAAGAAAACAAAGGACCAAAAUAAAAGAAAACAAUCAGUCAAAAUCCGAAUGCAGCUCCAUCUCAACUUACCCCAAGCCCCAAGAAACUCACAGACUCUUCAGAUGCAAAAAAACCCACCUCACCGUCUCAAAACACUCCAGAAUCUGUGCCUGAAGAACAAGGUGAAACAAACAGGACUCUGGAUGAUCAAGGAAAAACUGCUGUACAUGAAAAUGAAGAGUCCGAAAUGCCCUCCGUUCAGUGUCCGCCUGCCAACGGCCAAGAUCCUUGAAGGACGACCAAACAGAGCCAGAUUCAGAUUCGGAUGAAGGACGACUGAUCAUUGACCACAUUGUUUCCCCACAGAGACCUCCAGUCCAGGAGCCAGCAACAUCUCUCGAACCAGCGGCUCCAAGUCCCGCAAACCCGCUGGGGGGCAAAGGAGUCAAGAAGGGCGUCAAGCGGCAGAG